GAGUGCUGAGAGGGGGCGAUAUUUCUGCGUCAAUGCACCUGUGGGAGUUUUUUGGUGAUAUGGAUUUCUAGAAAUGUCACAUCAACCUUAAUUUUUUUUUUUAUACCUCGGAGCUAAGCGUUGGUUCUCUGAAUUUGCUUUUGCCGUUUGAGGCCGGUGGGGUUCAAAUCAGAGCUGAGGGCGUAAUCAGAGCCAGUCGAAAAGUCAGUGUUUUAGUCUCUCUCAAAUGUUUUCCCUCUAAAGACAAGGAGAACCUUUAAUCACUGAGCUCGAAAAGAUUGUCUCGCAAAUGAGGCCUUUGAGAUUCGUUAACCCGCGCUACGCUGUGUUCAUACUACGGUUGUGGUUUCUCCUCAGACAUUAUGGAGAGGCGAUGCAAUCAGCCGACUGGAGCUGGACGACGGCGAUCCAGGCUGUUCACGAUGCGGCGAACCGGUGCAGUCAAGUCACGGGAGGGUCGCCUGCCGAAAUGAGGCAGGCUGCGCACCUGACUUGCAAGCAGGUAUUUCAAUCCCUCGACCGUCUCAACGUUAAUAUUUGCCACGGGUGGCGCAAUGCCAAGUGUCGCCUCGUCCCAGGCGAAAAGGCCUACCAGUGCUCCGUCGAGGUCCCUCCUUGUGUGCUAGAAGAAGCAUUUGGUGCGAGAGCAAAAAUUCUCACCGUUGACACCUGCGCGUCCGAACUUUUCAACAUGGAUCCGACCCGGCGAAACCCACCCCCGCCCCUGUCCAGAGGGGCGUCUUCCAGCUCAAGCCGCGACAGAAGCAAAAGACCUUUGGAAGGAACGAGUCAGAGACAAGAUACCGGAGGGGCUGGUCGCUGGAGCAGUGCAAAUCCCUUUCAACCCGGAGGAACCGGUGGCUGGGGCAGUGCAAAUCCUCUCCAACCCGGAGAAACCGGUGGCUGGGGCAGUGCAGAUCCUUUUCAACCCGGAGGAGCCGGUGCCUGGAGCAGUGUAAAUCCUUUCGAAACCGGAGGAACCGCAGGCUGGAGCAGUGUAAAUCUUUUCGAAACCGGAGGAACCGGUGGCUGGAGCAGUGCAGCUCCCUACCCCGGAGGCUAUUAUCAACCUUCAGGCUCUUCGUACCUCACGCGUCCUUCACCCCCUCGAAGUCCACCACGUGCCGCAAAUCCUCCACCACGUGUAUAUCCCUCAGUGCGUGUACCUCCUUCAGGAGGUACGGCUCCUUCAGCAGCGCGUGUAUUACCUUCAGUAAAAGUACCACCUUCAUUCGGUACGUCCAACAUCGACCAGUUCACAGGUUUCUCAUUCGGCGAUUCACUCCCCGGCUCUCCACGCCGUACUCCACCUCCACCAAGUGGGUUGCCAGUAGAUCCUUCAUUCGGUGUGAGUGCUUACGGAUUCGGUAGUGAUGAUGAGUUGGAACACGGUGGCAGAACUUCGAAUCCCCCUCCAUUUCCUGGAGGUUCUUCACUCCGUGGCAUGCGAGGCCAAACUCCUCCUCCACUAAGUCCUGAGUUGCCGGUUGAUUCUUCAUUUGGAGUAAGUGCUUACGGAUUCGGUAGUGAUGAUGAGUUGGAACACGAAGGUGGGACUUCGAAUCCCCCUCUACCUCCUGCAAGUCCUUCGCGUCCGCGUGGUUCAAGAUCGAAAAGGAAAAACAUUGGGGAUUUCAUAUGUCCUGUGUGUGAAAAAGCUUACACGUAUAAAAAGCAAUUCGAGAGACACACGGCGACACAUGAUGGAAUAGGAGGAAAAUAUACAUGCCCCAAAUGCGAAAAUCCCACGUCCUUUCUUACCAAAAAGAAGUACAACGAACAUAUGGAGUCAGAGCACGGAGCAGUGUUUUUCGAAUGCGAUGAGGACGAUUGUGGGCGAACUUUUCAAAACGCUAUGCAGCUGCGUUUGCACAAGGAUAGAGAUCACUUCGGAGGAAUGACGUGCCAAAUUUGCCAGGCGGUGCUCCCAAGCCGUCAAAUGCUGCAAACUCAUAUGAAGACUCAUGCUCGGGAUGGAUCAAGGAACGCACCAUAAUUAACCGAAGCUCUUCCGCGGGCAUUCCCGAUUUAUAAAAGCUUACAAAUUAAUAAAUUGAUUAAUCAUUCAAAUCAAGCAUC